CUCGAUUCAAUCAUCCCCACAUGUCGGUUUUCGUUACCGUCGGGUCCACAGAGCACACGGCUUUAGUCGAUGCUGUCCUCUCCGAGCCCUGUUUAAAAGCCUUGAGUGACAACGGUUACAACAAGCUCGUCAUACAAUUUGGGAAGAGUGUUUGGAACAGGCCGUUCUCAUAUUGUUCGAGCCACGAUGUCGAUAUUUCUGCUUUUGACUUCAAAGCGUCCAUAGAAGAUGAUAUUACCGCAUCGUCGCUCGUGAUCAGCCAUGCUGGUGCAGGCACCAUCCUUGACGUUCUGCGGACACCCAAACCCUUGAUUGGGUAUCUGUACGCGUGUAGCUCUGCGGAUUUGGCUCGCACGAUUCAAACUAAGGAUUUCUCAUCGCUGAAACCAUUCCCACCGUUCGAUGGAUCCCAUUUCCAGCGGUUGAUAGACGAGGAGAUGGGAUUCAUAUGAUGAAUUCAGCUGACAUUGGUCUACGCUCGGACUAUGCGGAACUUGACGUGGCACGAUUAUCAUGCAGCCGU